GGGCGGCCCCAGGUCCGCUCGCAGCGGGCACAGUGGGCGCUGCCCAUGGGCCGGGCCCGGGAUCCGGGCGCGCCGGGAGCCGGCCCUCUCUGGGCAGCGGCCACCAAGGACCAUCCUGUCUCCACCCACAAGAGGAGAUGCACACGCCGUGGCCAAGAUGCAUGGGCCCCAGCCUCUGUCCGCUGCAUUUCGGAAGACUUCUUCCAGGAGGGGACACUGCAGCUGGACCUUCAAGGGGAAUGGAGAGAAGGAUGUUGUAAAAGAGAAGAAACAAUAAAAGCCUGACUCAGAGCCCACAGGGGCAUUGCGUGGGCCCUGCAAGAGCCUAAAACCCUGAGGCAGGGGGCCUUCCUCUCUGAGCGGAGAAGGAGCCGCUGUCCACAGAGGGCUCUUCUUUCUCUCACAGUCUUACCCCCACUUGCCCUGGAUACAGGCACGGUCAUGGGUAGUGCACAUCAGAACAUGGCAGACAUGCCCCAGACACUGAGCACCUCCGACAUGGUCACCCCGAGCAGCCCCGGCCCACCCCCCACCAAGCCCGCCGAUGGCGAGCAGGCCCAUCAGCCCCUCCUGGAUGGGGCUCCAUCCUCAGCCUCCCUGGACACCCUGAUCCAGCACCUGGUGCCCACAGCUGACUACUAUCCCGAGAAAGCCUACAUCUUCACCUUCCUGCUGAGUUCCCGUCUCUUCAUCGAGCCCCGGGAACUCCUGGCCCGGGUCUGCCACCUGUGUAUUGAGCAGCAGCAGCUGGACAAGCCGGUGCUGGACAAGGCCCGGGUCCGGAAGUUUGGCCCCAAACUGCUCCAGUUAUUGGCUGAGUGGAUGGAGACCUUCCCGCGGGACUUCCAGGAGGAGUCAACCAUCGGGCACAUGAAGGACGUGGUGGGCCGCAUCGCCCCCUGUGACGAGGCCUACAGAAGGAGGAUGCAUCAGCUCCUGCAGGCUCUACACCAGAAGCUGGCAGCUCUGGGCCAGGGGCCGGAAAGCCUGCUGUGUGCCGACAAGCCCAUCGCCUACAGGACCAAGCCAGCAGCCUCCAUCCAUAGAGAGCUCCUCGGCGUCUGUAGUGACCCCUAUACGCUGGCCCAGCAGCUGACUCACGUGGAGCUGGAACGGCUGCAACACAUUGGGCCUGAGGAGUUUGUCCAGGCUUUUGUGAACAAGGACCCUCUGGCCGGCACAAAGCCCUGUUUCAGUGACAAGACCAAGAACCUGGAGGCUUACGUGAAGUGGUUCAACAGAUUGUGCUACCUUGUGGCGACUGAGAUCUGCAUGCCGGCCAAGAAGAAGCGAAGGGCCCAGGUGAUUGAGUUCUUCAUCGACGUGGCCCGCGAGUGCUUCAACAUUGGCAACUUCAACUCCCUCAUGGCCAUUGUCUCUGGCAUGAACAUGAGCCCUGUCUCCAGGCUGAAGAAAACCUGGGCCAAAGUGAAGACGGCCAAGUUUUUCAUCCUCGAGCACCAGAUGGACCCAACAGGGAAUUUCUGCAACUACAGGACAGCCCUGCGCGGGGCAGCCCACCGCUCCCUGACCGCCCACAGCAGCCGGGAGAAGAUCGUCAUUCCCUUCUUCAGCCUGCUCAUCAAAGACAUCUAUUUCCUGAAUGAGGGCUGUGCCAACCGCCUCCCCAAUGGACACAUCAACUUUGAGAAAUUUCUGGAGCUGGCCAAGCAGGUUGGAGAGUUUAUCACAUGGAAACAAGUGGAGUGUCCCUUCGAGCAAGACCCCAGCAUCACCCACUACCUGUACACCGCCCCCAUCUUCAGUGAGGACGGUCUUUAUUUGGCUUCCUAUGAAAGUGAGAGCCCAGAGAACCACACAGAAAAAGAGAGGUGGAAAACUCUCAGGUCUUCUAUUUUGGGGAAGACGUGAGGAAUGCAGGGAAGGCCUGGGCACCUUGCAGCUUUGCAGACCAUGACCCCGUGGCCUGGCGCCCACCACAGUGACCACACGGCUCAGGAAAACUUUCUCCACCUUUUGUGGAGCCUCAGCCCUGGCGGGGCCCAGGACCUCCAGACAUGUGGGUGACACGAGCCUCGGGACGGUGGUGGUCACAUUGCUGGUCAGUCUGUCCAUCCUCGACAAGGACCUACUCUCACCGGGUGACUCGUUCCAUGGAAGCUGGCACCUAGUCUGCUGCCAGGUGACUUGGGAGCCUCCACAUCCCCAGCAGGUCACAGUGAUGAGAGAGGGGCCAGAGCCCACCAGUGGCCUCUGCCGUUCUGCAGAUGGCUCCUCUCCUGCCCCUUGAGAUGGGUUGGUUUCUGCAGUUCCAUGCACCCCCUUUCUGGAUCCUGCUGGCAUCAGAGGAUAGCUUUCUAGGGACAACAGGGAUGCUGGUCAGCAGGACAAAUUUGAGUCACAGAGUUGACAAUAUGUACAGUACAUUGUAAACUGUAGAGUUGCUAUAAACACAUUCGUACACACCCCGAAUAUUCACGUCCACAUCUCCUCUCACUGUGGGCGUCUGCAAGACUCAGGCCUGGGAAUGGUGGCCUUGGAUCGGGAAGGGGACACAGUGGCCAUUUCCACUCCGUAGACCCCAGGCCACGCUGUCAGAGCCUGGUGUGUAGUAAGUGCUCGAUAAACCUCCGCUGAGCAGAUACCGACAGCCCUGCGAGCGGCCAGACGCCUCUCUUGUUGGAGGUAUGGAGAGAAGGGGGAGCGAUGAAGGCGGGGAAGCACCCUCAGCCUACCAUGAGGCGCCUCCUGUGGGGUCCCCAUCAGCCCGCACACAGUGGGUUAAGUUUCUGUGCCGGGAAGAUGAGCUGUGGAGCUGCUGAGCUCUCACCUGGCAUGUGGCCAGGACCCCCAGCCAGGAAGUCAGGGAGUGUGAUGUGCACCCCCAUUCCUGGCCAGGGCCUGCUAGGUGGAGGGGGUGUACGGGGUGGGGGGCGCAUCAGGCCCUUCAGGGGCUGGGCCCCACCCAGUGCCAGACUCAGCUAACCGGCAGCAUGGCCUCUCUCCCACCUGAGGGACAGGCAGAGACAAGGCAAUCCAGGUGUCUCCCCCAGCUCAGGGAACUGUGCCUGAUGAACCCGGGACCUCAGCAAGGCCCCGAAAGGGCCCAGAAGCCGGACAGAGGUGUGGGACGCUGCAUGUAAGGCUUCAGCAGGAUCUGCUCUGCGCCCGACCAGCCCACCCCUUUCCAUUUGAGACCCCAGAGAGGGUGAGUAGUUCAGGGAGCAGUGGCAGAGCAGGCACUGGGCGUUAGCUGAGAGCAGGCUCCGCCCCACCUCGCACCACACCCAGCUCCUGAGGGGGACCUGGGCGGAGCCUUGGGACCAAACCCAAGGAGUCCUGGGGGUCCCAGGAGCUGGCUAGAAGCAUCUCCUCAUCCUCUCAUCCCCGCGCAACACGCUCCCUCAGUGCCUGGCCUCCCCUGGGGCAACAUUAGACAGGGCCCUGGCAGAUGUCAGUAGGGACUGUCGCUGCCUCCUGGUCACACUGAGAGCUGCCUGUCAGGAGCAGGGACAAGUGACACAAAAGGAGUUAGUGUCCUUGGAUGGCAGCUCCAACUCUGCUGCUCCCGGAGCUCUGGGAAGCCUGCCCAGGACCCAGCUCCCACCAGAGGAGGCUGUCUGCUAACCCGGCCACAGGGAGAAAGGACACUGGAGGGGGCUCCCAGCCCACCCCAAAGUCCCAGGCCUUGCUGGUCACCUGGCUCCAUCUUCUUAUUCCUGCGCAACUCAUGCAGGGGCCUGUGAGGAAACCCCAGAAUGCUGAGCUUCGGAGUCAGCAGGUGAGGCUGAGAGGCCUGAGGCAGCUGGCCACAGUGUCCUCCCCUGCAUGAAGGAUUCAUGUAAUCCUUCAUUCUGGCCCAAGAUCCCAGCUCUCUCUCCAAAGCCAGCCCCCAGGUGCCUCCCACAGCCACGCUCCCAAAGUCCAACUCAGUCUUCUCUGUCUUCUGCAGGAGAUUGCAGCAGCCUUCUCUAGGCUGUGAGGGCAUGACGAAAGGAUGCCAGAAAAAGCAGUGCAGGGCUUUUAGUUGAAGCUCCAGUGGUUAGAUGGGGAGGCAGGUCAAGCUUGUCGGUGCUAACAGAAUAUAGUUGGCACUGCUACCCCCAGGCCUGCAGCCCCAAUGCAAAGGAAACACUGUUUCCUGUUUCAUGCUUCUGUGGCCUUGCACAUGCUGUUCCCACUGCCUGGUAUUCUGUUCCCCACCUUGUCAAUCUAGUCAGAGACGCAGCCUCCCGGGAGGGAUUCCUGACAUGUAACCCCUUCCUCAACACCUGCACCUUCCAGCCUGCCAGCCCUUCUGUGACCCAGUGCAGAAUUGGUGCCAGGGCAGGAUGGUGAGAUGAGGCCUGGGCUCACACCCAUUUGGGGGAGGGUGUAGGACAAGAAGAAAGAGGCAGCCUGUAACCAGCCCCACAGAAGACGUAAGGCCAAGGGGACUCAAGGUGGUGCAUUUGUGUCUCAGGUUUCUGCAAGGGGCCCUUGAACCUGCUCUCCACCUUUCUGUACAGCCACUGGGUGCCAGGCCCUAGUGCAGCCAGGAGAGCCUUCCCUCAGAGGACCCCAGCAGACACCCAGGUGGGAAUCAUGGUGCCCUUUCUCUGGAUGCAGGCUUGGAGCCCAGAGAGGGAUGGUGCCCUGCUCAGAGCCACACAGACGGUUCCUUAACCACAAGGGAUUCGUGACCCUUCCUUGCACAGGCCCCUUUGUUCUGCCACCCUGGUCAGAUGGCCCACAGAGCCCCAAUGGGCGGGGCCUACACCUGUGGAGCAGGUGUCAGCAGCACCCAAGACUGAUGCCCCCGAGGCACGGCUCAAUGCCAGAUGACGCAACCUGAACACACAGUGCAGGGUUUGAAGCUGCUAGCUCAGGGACAAAUCAGGUGCCUGGGCCCCAGGGCUCCAAGGCACCCCACUGUGCCCAGGAGGCCAGGGAAGAGCUAUGGCUGUGGUCUCUCCUUCGGAGCCUGGCACUUCCUUCCUGAGCCCUCCAGGGAGGGAAGAGUGGGGAGUCGGGGGACAGGAAAACCUCCCUAACUGGGAUUUGCUUCAGAAGCCCCAGGCGUGGGGUUUCUGAUUCAUUCUCACAUGGGUGAUCCAGGAGUUCUCUGACGCCCUUGCCCCAUAUUUCUGCACCAUUGGAGAACCCUGGACCAUCUCCCAUACCCCACAGUUCCCUGGGAGGGCAUCUCAUCACAACAGCGACUUAUCCCAGGAACCCAGCCACAUCCAGGCCUCUGUGGAAGCCUGUCCAUCCUCCCUGGCAACCCUCCAGGGCAGGGCAGGACCCCGGUAACCCCAGGGCAGAUCUCAAACACAUGGCCAAAGUUGCCCCAGGGACCCUUUCCCUAACAACUGGGGAACAGACAGCGCCAGGAUGGCCCCUCGACCUUCAGGCCUCUCAGGCAGGCUUCAGGCCUCAGGUACUGUGUCCCAACACCUUGCAGGGCUCAUAUUGUCCAGGACCGAACCAGGUUCAAUUACUCAGUAGUUGCCAGCCAAACGACAACACCAAGACAAUUUUAUGAAAAGAUUUUAUUGUCUCUAUUGUGAGACAGCAAACAAGGACACACAGAAGGUCACUUUCAAAGCAGCGUGUCCCUGAACAAAGGUUCAGAUUCGUCCUUAUUCAGGGAAAUCAUACAUAAACAUCAAGGUGAGCUUUGUCUCUGCAUGAAUAGGUGGGGACUGUCCUGCUCACGUGCGGUUAGAAAACAUGGAUCUACAUACAUUGCAGAUUCAAAAAUGGUGGACAAUCUCUGCCCCUAGGACAAAGCAGUAGCAUUAUAACAAGGGUAUAAUAUAAGAGAACAGUUCAUGAGGAGGUCACUACAGGGUCUUCCAAGCCCCUUCUGCCUGCCUCACGCAGUUCCAGUCAAAUCAGCCCCUUGGUCCUGCAAAUCAUCCUGGGCUUGCUCCUGAAAACCAGCUCUGGCAACUGUCAAUGCCAGGGAUGACACAGGUUUGGAAGGAAGUUUACCUAAUUAAGUCUCAGCCCUCCUGUUAAACUCUGAGCUAAUUACAGCAUAUGGUCACACAAACCUUAUAACACCUAGGGUCAUCUAAGUGGCUCUACAGGUUAAUCUAAGCAAAGUUCUGAAUUCUAAGUAGAAGUUAGUCUGUGCUAGGCUACCUGCUAGGCUGUAUGUGUAGGUCAGGUUACAAUAGGAGGUUCUCAAGGGAGGGACCCCCCCACCCACAGCACCCCAAGCAAUGCCCUCCACAGUUUCUAACUCUCCACUGAUACGCCCACUGAUGCUCACGAGCCCGGAAGUCACACAACUGUGGUCAAGAGCCACAGUCAGGGGGUGCCUCCGCUAACAGCUCCAUUUCAGCCCCAAACUCAAAUACUCUGUCAUGAGUGCCCAGUCCGAGGCCUGGCACUUUACAGUCAGCCUGACAAACCACACAGGUCGAUGCUGUCACAAUUCCCCGUGGCCAGUGAGGAUAUGGAAGCUCAGGAAAGCAAUGCCACUGCCCGAGGACACUCAGCUCCCAGGGCACAGCCUGGGCCCCAGGUCUCUGGCCUCCAGAGCUCUGUCGUUGAGGGUGCUCAGAAGCCAACGAGGACCAACUGACCACCUGUUCUCCCCACAAGCACACACACAGUGACACACAUCUUUACUCCCCUCCUGCCCCCAUCUUAGGAGAGUCUCUGAGCCCCUCGUGUCCCCUGGUGCUUCAGGAGUGACGCAGGAAAGACCAGCAGAGGCCAAGUGGUGGAAGGCCCCACUGGGCAGACCAAGGAGCUUGAAGUUUACCCUGAAUGCUGGGGGGUGUGGGUGGGGGACUCUAAAGAAUUUAGGGGCUACGUGAUUAUUCAUUUUAUGUGUCAUCUUGACUCGUGGGACCCAUGGGGUGCCCAGGCAUUUGUUCAGUUUUCUGGGUGGGUGUGUGUCUGGGUGAGAUUCACAUUUGAACUGGUGGGCUCAGUAUAGCAGAUUGCCCUCCCCAGUGUGGAUGGGCCUCCUCCAGUCAGGAGACUGAACAGAACAAAAGGUGAAGUAAAGAAGAAUUAGCUCUCUCUGCCUGACGAUUCUCGAUGUUCGAGCGGGGACAUGGUUCUUCUCCUGCAUUUGGCCUGGAAUUUCCACCACUGGCUCUCCUUGAUCUCCAGCUUGCACGCAACAGAUCCUGGAACUUCUCAGUCUCCAUAACUGUGUGAGCCAAUUCCUUAUAAUAAAUGUCCAGCUGUCCAUUCUCUCUCUUUCUCUCUC